AUGUCUUUACGGCAUCUUGGUCAUAGAUGGAGAGACGUCGACUCUUUUUUAACAUCAAUUGGUGGUAGUACUAUAAAAACGUGUCACAAAUGGACCAAUAUUUUAGUGAACAAAGAUUUUGAUGAAUUCACAAUUGAUGAGAGAGGUGGGAAAAGAGGUGAUUCGUUUUGGGAUUUUUAUCCAGAUUUAGAAUUAAAAGCAAAUCAAUUUGUUUAUCAAGAAUGUUCGAAAACAGAAGCAACAUUUACCAUCGAAAUGUUGGUAAGAUUUAUUGACCAACGUUUUUAUGAAUUAAAUAAUCUGAAGAAAAUCGAUCAACAAUUAGUAAGAUCAGUUGAAAGUUGUAGAUUAGACUUACGUCGAUUUAGUGUAAAAUUCACAGCAAAUUCAAGCCGACCUUACUUUCUUGGACAUGAAUGA